CACACACACACACACACACACACACACACACACACACACACACACACGCACACACACGCACACACACACACACACACACACACACACAGAUACACACACAAACACACACACACACACACACACACACACACAGAUAUGCGCUGGCGCACACAUAAACCUACAUAGACAUGCAAUUAUGUCAAACUUAAAAAAUAUAAUUAUAAACCAAUGCAUUUUAACCACAUUUUAAGAAAGGAAUCUUUGCACCUCAGACUGGGUUUUGGUUUCUCCAAACUGUAACUAGACAACUACUUGUGAAGGUGGGUUCUCCAGCCUACUGCUGUCACACACUUUCCUCUGGUUUUAUGAUCACACAGAUUGUACUACUUUAGAGCGUGCCAUUUAACUGUACACUGAGGGAGCGAGUCCAACCUAUUACCUACUCUAUAUCUACUGUAUAACUUAACCCAGCAAAAGUUUGACGAUCUACAAUAUGACCCUGAGAAGCAACCUGCUGGUGGUACCGUGGCCGGUCCAGCGCACAUCCUCCUACCUCCUCCCGCUGCUCCUGCUGCUGCUCCUCCAUGCCUGGAGGGGGAGCUGUCACCCCCAGUGCCUGGACUACAAGCCCCCCUUUGAGCCGCACCGGCCCCUGGUCUUCUGUAAGGAGUACAGCAAGUUUGGAUGCUGUGACCUGGAGCAGGACGAGGAGGUGUCAACCCGCUUCUACACCAUCAUGGAUUUCUUUGACUACUCAGGCUUCACCGCCUGUGGCAAGUUCAUACGCAGCAUUCUCUGCCAGGAGUGUUCCCCGUACGCCGCCCACCUGUUUGACGCAGAGGACGCCAACACGCCCAUGCGGGUGCUGCCUGGCCUGUGCAGGGAAUACUGCUCCGACUACUGGCACCAGUGCCGCUACACCCUCAGCCUGGCCCUGGAAGUCCUGGGGGGCACCGCCCGGGGCCAGGGGCUGGUGGGCUCCACGGCCCAGAUCACCAACCUCACGCUGGGCCUGGAGGAGGACCGCGGAGCCUUCUGUGACUUCCUGGAGCUGAAGGACAAGCAGUACUGCUACCCCAAUGUGCUGAGCAACGCGGAGCUCAACGCUAACUUGGGCUCGGUGCGCGAGGACUCCGAGGGCUGCCUGGAGCUGUGCCUGCAGGAAGUGGCAAACGGGCUCCGCAACCCCGUGGCCAUGAUCCACGCCAACGACGGCAGCCACCGCUUCUUCGUGGCCGAGCAGCUGGGCUACGUGUGGGUGUACCUGGCCAACGGCUCCCGGGUGGACCGGCCCUUCCUCAACCUCACCCAGGCCGUGCUCACCUCCCCCUGGGCCGGAGACGAGCGGGGGUUCCUCUGCAUCGCCCUCCACCCCAGCUUCACCACAGUCCGCAAGGCCUACGUCUACUACUCUGUAUCGGUGAAGAAACAGGAGAAGAUACGCGUCAGUGAGUUCACACUGUCCACCCACGAUGUAAACCAACUGGACCACGCAUCAGAGAGAACCAUCCUAGAGGUAGCGGAGCCGGCGUCCAAUCACAACGGAGGACAACUCCUCUUUGGGGAGGACGGCUUCCUGUACAUCUUUAUCGGAGAUGGCGGCCGUGCGGGGGACCCCUUCGGAAAGUUUGGCAAUUCUCAGAAUAAGUCUACUCAUCUGGGCAAGGCCCUUCGCAUCGACGUCAGCGACAACGACGAUGGGGCCCCUUACAGCAUUCCUCCAGACAACCCCUUCCUGGCAGAGCCCAACGCCAUGCCUGAGAUCUAUGCAUACGGUGUGCGCAACAUGUGGCGUUGCUCCGUGGACCGUGGCGACACGGCUACGGGCCGUGGGCGUGGCCGCUUGUUCUGCGGCGACGUAGGACAGAAUAAAUACGAGGAGGUGGACCUUGUGGUCAAAGGUGGAAACUAUGGAUGGAGAGCCAAGGAAGGCUUCAGUUGCUAUGACCGAAAACUCUGUAAAAACUCCACGCUGGAUGACAUCCUCCCGAUUUUCGCCUACCCCCACAAGCUGGGCAAGUCGGUGACUGGAGGCUACAUCUACAGAGGCUGCCAGAUGCCCAACCUCAAUGGCCUCUACAUCUUCGGGGACUUCAUGAGCGGCCGUCUGAUGUCUCUAAAGGAGAACACCACGACCGGUGAAUGGCACUACAACGAGAUCUGUAUGGGCAAAGACCAGACCUGCCGAUUCCCCAAGCUGAUCAACAGCUACUACAAAUACAUCAUCUCCUUUGCUGAAGACGAAGCAGGCGAGCUGUACUUCCUAGCGACGGGCACUCCCAGUGCCUCAGCGAGAGCGGGAGUCAUCUACAAGAUUACGGACCCGUCCAAGAGGGCGCCCCCCGGGAAGUGUAGCAUCAAGCCGUCCCCGGUCAAGGUCAAGGGAAAGCUUGUUCACUUCCACCCUAAGGAAGAGUUUGUCAUUAACAAGAAGCCAACGACAACAGCUGCACCGACGACAACCACAAGAAAAACAACAACAACCACAAGAAAAACAACGACAACAACAAGGAAAGCGACGACAACCACGAGAAAAGCGACGACAACGGCAGCGACGCCGACAAUGGCCCAGAGAACAAUGACUCGCAAAACAGCAACGGCGGCAAGAAAAACAACCACUACAAGAGCAACCCCCAUUGCGCAGAUCACUAUGGCAACAACAACAGGCCGCAGGCCGACCGUGGCGGCCAUCAGACCGAGCGACAGGCCGACCACUAGGCCUUCGGUUAAAGCCAAUGGGAGAAAGGCCCCGACCACGUCCCUGGGAGUGGCCAGCAGCCACAGACCAGGUCUCCUCAUCUUCCUCCUCUGUGCUCCCUUCUCCCUCUCUGCUUUUGCUCCGUAACAUCCCAUGCAACCCUUCAGACCCUCCAGGGACCGUAAGCUCCCAUGUAACCCUUCAGACCCUCCAGGGACCUCUUGAGAACAUCCUUGAUUUUAGACACAUUUUUUUUAUCAAUGGUUCAUUAAUUGUGAUCGAUCUAAUGCUUAAUUGUCAAAAAAAAGAGAAAAAAUAUGUUUUUUCUUGAUAUGAGAAAGUCGACAAUAGCUUGCUAUAUAUAAUAUAAUUAAACUUAGAUUCAGUAGUAGAAUUUAAAUAUUGCAAUAAAACUGUUCAUUGCAGCUUAAAAAAAAAUGGAAUAACCUGGAGGGACUGACAAGCUCUUUUCUGCACUUCCACUGAGCUGUUAGAGGUGGCACUUUAAUGAAGAUGGAAUCAUUUCAUGCUGAAAGCUUAGGCUUAGGUUAGACCGUUGGCUGGUACCAAGGGGCCCACAGAGUCGGGGUAUGGCUGUUGUCUCCAUGAAAGCCAUAGUUAGAUGUAUUUUGUUGCACUUGUUUUCUCUGAACUCAGGUAAUAAGGGUCAUUCUGACAUUUGUGUCGAAUGCAAAAGGUGCUUUCUGUGCGUCAAAAUGUCAACCAUUUAAACUAUUGCAUACCUAGAGCAUUAUUUAUUUUAAAUAAAUGUAUUUGCAUCUAAAGAAGCGCCCUUCAUCUUUAUGUGUCUUGU